UGUGCCUUCGCCUUUGAGAAGAGCAGGAUUUGUGCCUUUAUAUGAGACUUCGGCAAGUCUAUGUACUAGCUCUCAAGGAAUGUUACCAGUAAUUGGUUUGAGGAUCUGUGUGCAAAGUAUCAUGUGUAGUGUAAUAUUUCGGAAUAUAGCUACAGGAGUUACGACCAACAAUAUGCCUGUUUUGGUUCUCCAUCGCAGACCUGAGUCUGGAUCUGUUGCUCCCAUGCUAUUCACACUCACCCUUGAAUUAAAUGAGAACAUUCUGGCUCUAAAUCCCCGAAAACAGAUACAUGCAACUCUUCAUUCAACUGCAGCAAAAAAACAAGUCAAGAAGCAAUGGAAGAGGAAUUCUGACAAAAGCUGUUCAAACUGUGAGAAACUGGAAAAUAAUUUUGACGACAUCAAGCACACGACUCUUAGUGAGCGAGGAGCACUUCGAGAAGCAAUGAGGUGCUUAAAGUGUGCAGAUGCCCCGUGUCAGAAGAGUUGCCCAACUAAUCUGGACAUCAAGUCAUUCAUCACAAGUAUUGCAAACAAGAACUACUAUGGAGCUGCCAAAAUGAUUCUUUCUGACAAUCCACUUGGCCUGACAUGCGGAAUGGUGUGUCCAACAUCAGAUCUCUGUGUUGGUGGCUGCAAUUUGUAUGCCACUGAGGAGGGACCAAUUAAUAUUGGUGGAUUGCAGCAGUUUGCUACUGAGGUGUUCAAAGCUAUGAAUAUUCCUCAGAUCAGAAACCCUUCCUUACCUCCUCUAGAAGAUAUGCCUGAAGCCUAUCACGUGAAGAUAGCUCUCCUUGGUGCAGGACCUGCAAGUUUAAGUUGUGCUUCCUUUUUGGCUCGAUUGGGCUAUUCAAACAUCACCAUAUUUGAAAAGCAGGAGUAUGUCGGUGGCUUAAGUACAUCUGAAAUCCCUCAGUUCCGAUUGCCGUAUGAUGUGGUGAAUUUUGAAGCCGAGCUUAUGAAGGAUCUUGGAGUGAAGAUAAUUUUUAGUAAAGGCCUUGCAGUGGAUGGGAUGACACUCCGUACCUUGAAAGAAGACGGCUAUGAAGCAGUUUUUAUUGGAAUAGGUUUGCCAGAACCAAACAGAGACAGUAUAUUCCAAGGACUGAGAAUGGAUCAAGGAUUCUACACAUCUAAAGACUUCCUACCUUUGGUAGCAAUGGCAAGUAAACCAGGGAUGUGUGCCUGUCACUCUCCAUUGCCAUCAAUACAUGGAACUGUAAUUGUACUUGGGGCAGGAGACACUGCUUUUGACUGUGCAACAUCUGCUUUACGCUGUGGAGCUCGUCGCGUGUUUGUGGUCUUCCGGAAGGGAUUCACUAAUAUCAGGGCUGUCCCAGAAGAGAUGGAACUUGCAAAAGAAGAGAAGUGUGAAUUUCUGCCUUUCCUCUCCCCUCGGAAAGUUGUACUUAAAGGUGGACAAAUUGUUGCUAUGGAGUUUGUUCGAACUGAACAAGACAGUGAUGGAAACUGGAAAGAAGAUGAGGAUCAGGUUGUCCGUCUGAAAGCUGAUGUGGUGAUCAGUGCCUUUGGCUCCAUUUUAACUGACACUAAAGUUAAAGAGGCCAUGGCACCUAUCAAGUUUAACAGAUGGGGUCUUCCUGAAGUAGAUCCGGAAACAAUGCAAACAAGUGAACCCUGGGUGUUUGCAGGGGGCGACAUUGGCGGUCUUGCUAACACUACAGUGGAAUCAGUAAAUGAUGGAAAACAGGCUUCCUGGUACAUGCACAGAUACAUACAGUCCUUACACGGUGUUGCAGUUUCUGCUGUUCCAGAACUACCGCUCUUCUAUACUCCCAUCGAUUUAGUAGACAUCAGUGUAGAAAUGGCUGGACUGAAGUUUCCAAAUCCUUUUGGCCUUGCCAGUGCAACCCCUACUACUAGUUCUUCAAUGAUUCGAAGAGCUUUUGAAGCUGGAUGGGGCUUUGCUGUCACUAAAACGUUCUCCCUGGAUAAGGAUAUUGUGACCAAUGUUUCUCCGAGGAUUGUGCGUGGAAUUACUUCAGGUCCUAUGUACGGCCCAGGCCAAGGCUCCUUCCUAAACAUUGAACUGAUCAGUGAGAAAACAGCAGCGUAUUGGUGUAGAAGUAUUGCGGAACUGAAGGCUGACUUUCCAAACCAUAUUCUGAUUGCCAGUGUCAUGUGCAGCUAUAGCAGGGAGGACUGGACUGAACUUUCCAAAAUGGCUGAGGUUGCUGGUGCAGAUGCGCUGGAGUUAAAUUUAUCGUGUCCUCAUGGUAUGGGGGAGAGAGGCAUGGGCCUGGCCUGUGGGCAGGAUCCAGAGCUGGUACGGAACAUCUGUCGCUGGGUUAGACAAGCUGUUCAGAUUCCUUUCUUUGCCAAGCUGACCCCAAAUGUCACUGAUAUUGUGAAUAUUGCGAUGGCUGCGCAGGAAGGUGGCGCAGAUGGUGUUACAGCCACCAACACUGUGUCAGGACUGAUGGGACUGAAAGCAGACAGCACACCUUGGCCAGCAGUUGGUGGAGGACUGAGGACCACAUAUGGUGGCAUGUCAGGAAAUGCUAUCAGGCCCAUCGCCCUCCGCGCAGUGUCUGCCAUAGGCCGUGCUCUUCCAGGAUUUCCCAUCCUAGCAACUGGUGGCAUUGAUUCUGCUGAAAGUGGGCUCCAGUUCCUGCACAGUGGGGCUUCUGUUUUACAGGUGUGCAGCGCAAUCCAGAAUCAAGAUUUCACUGUUAUUGAUGACUACUGCACUGGACUGCGAGCUCUUCUUUACUUGAAAAGCAUUGAGGAACUUGAAGACUGGAAUGGACAGAGUCCUGCAACCAUGCGCCAUCAGAAAGGAAAACCAGUACCUAGAAUUGCUGAUCUGAUGGGAAAGAAACUACCCAGUUUUGGGCCUUACCUGGAACAACGCAAAAAGAUAAUAGCUGAGAACAAGAUUAAGCUGAAGGAACAGAGCAUGGCUGCUGUGCUUCACGAGAAAAAGCAUUUCAUUCCGAAGAAGCCUAUUCCGGCAAUCAAGGAUGUAAUUGGAAAAGCACUGCAGUAUAUUGGAACAUAUGGUGAGCUCUGCAACACAGAGCAAGUUGUGGCUCUGAUUGACGAGGAAAUGUGUAUCAACUGUGGCAAAUGUUACAUGACCUGUAAUGAUUCUGGCUACCAGGCUAUCCAGUUUGAUCCCCAAACCCACCUGCCCACGGUUACUGACAGCUGUACAGGCUGCACCCUGUGUCUCAGCGUCUGCCCGGUUAUCGACUGCAUCCGCAUGGUUUCCAGGACAACACCCUACCAACCAAAGCGCGGGCUGCCCUUAGCCGUGAACCCCGUGUCUUGAGGUGAUCGGUCCGACAGCUAACGUGAACUUUACACUUGUUUGAUGCCAUUGAUUUGCUUUCUAAUUAGUCCUUGAAAAUCUACUCUUACAAAAAAAUGUAAUAUUGAUAGCCGUUACAAUGAACACUGUGUUUUCCAAUUAUUAUUUUAAGAACAAUUAAGUUUGGAAAUUACAGAAAGGCAGCAAUUAGUCAGUCAUGGCUGUCAGUUGUCCACUAUUUGAAGUGUAACUUUCUCUUUUCAAUUCGUGCUGUAAUUUCAAAAUUUCUCUAUAGACUCUUUAAUCUCUAUGUAUUUUCUGGCUGUAAAUAUAAUUAAGAAAGCAUUUUUAAUGAACUACAAAUCAAUGUACAAGCUAACUGUUUUCAAGGAGGCAUUUUGUAAUUAAACAUUACAUUUAGUUUUAAAAGAGUUUCUUAGAAGAUGUAAUUAACUACAUAGCAUUCAAACAAAGCAACGUGGCUUCUAUUUUUCUAUGGGAAGAAAUGAAAGGGAGUUUAAAAUAGGAUUUAAGAACUGGAUUAAUCACUUUCAACUACUACAGCAUAUGGUGGUGUAUUUUUAUAAUCCUUUCUAAUUCUUUCUCACACUAGUCACUUUAUAGAAUAAAUUUGCUGUGCACUGACACAUGCUGGACUCCGCAGAUUUGUGUGUUGCAUGGGUAGCUUGAUCGUUACUUUUUCCCCCCCAGUGAACACUCAUAACGUCUCUCUAAAAACGGUUAAACCGACUUAUUAUGAAGUUCAGGUUGCAUUUCAGGAUUCUGAGAUGUGACAACAUUUUUUUGCUCCAAGCUCAUCCUCUAAAUAACUUUUUAAUUGUGCCAAUUAACGUUGCAGAAUGUACACGUUACAGGUCAGAGAUCUGAUUACGUGGUGCAAAUGGAAUACACACCCUGCAGACGGCGUUUGCCAAACACAGACACACAGGGCAAACUGGCAAGAUGAUUUCCCCCAGUGCCAAUUCUUCAUAUUUAUUGGUUAUGUAUGGUUAUAAUAGUUUCACAACCAAAAAGAAAUAUAGAUUUGUCUGUCUUGCUAAACAAUAUCUCAGUUUUAAUCAAUUUUUCAUUCACAGUAGGAACUUUCUAAUAUGAACGUAUUGCUGUCUGCUUUACUCCUCUUAAGAAUAUAAAGCCUUUAGUUUCAUAAUAAUAAAUGAUCUAGCAGUUCAAUUUCUUAUACCCUAUAUUGUGAUCAUCAGCAGCUUUGAUUAAAAAUAUAUCCUGACUUUUUUUUCUUGAUUUAUGAAUUGUGCACAGAAUUAUAAAUAAAUGUUGAAACCAAC